ACGGCACUGCACUGCCCCAGCAGCAUGGACUAAUGCAAGCACAGGAGAGAAGCACCACUGUGUGAGCCCAAAGGUCUCCUUGUCGGCAGCGCAGGUCACCAUGGGAUGCAGUCCCAAGGCAGUUGCUGUUGGGUGUCUCCUGGCAGUCAUUGUUGUUUCUGGCAUCAUUGCUCUCAUCCUGGCGGUUGUGGGUGUGAAGGAUGUUUAUCUGCCUCCAGGUACCAAGUAUGGGAUGGUGUUUGACGCCGGCUCCUCGCACACGGCUCUCUACAUCUACCAGUGGCCAGCGGAUAAAGAGAAUGGCACCGGCAUCGUCAGCCAGGCUGAGGCCUGCACCGUGCAAGGACCUGGGAUCUCCAGUUACGCUGAAAACCCUGCUAAUGCUGGAGCCAGCCUGAGGGCCUGUCUGGACAAGGCCAUGACGAUCAUCCCUGCGGAGCAACAGAGAGAAACGCCCACCUACCUGGGCGCUACUGCGGGCAUGCGGCUGCUGAGGGAGCAGAACAGCACAAAAGCCGACCUGGUCUUUGCAGAGGUCUCCAAGACCAUCCGGCAGUACCCUGUAGAUUUCCGUGGCGCUCGGAUCCUCACUGGGAAUGAGGAAGGAUCCUUUGGUUGGAUCACAAUCAACUACCUGCUGGAGACGCUCAUCAAGUUCUCCUUUGCAGGGAAAUGGAUACGGCCUCAGUCAGCUGAGGUUCUGGGAGCUCUGGAUCUUGGAGGAGCCUCAACCCAAAUAACCUUUCAGCCCAGUGGUACCAUUGAGGACAACAGCACCGAAGUCGUCUUCCGGCUGUAUGGGACCAACUACUCCGUUUAUACCCACAGCUACCUCUGCUACGGGCGAGACCAGGCCUUGAAGAUGCUGCUGGCAGCCCUAAGGAAGGAGAACCUCACCUCUCAGCAGAUCUCCCACCCGUGCUACCCCAAGGGAUAUGAGGAGAACGUCACUGCCGCUGCCCUGUAUGACAGUCCCUGCGUCCCGGCACCAGCUGCACAUGACCCCAGCCAGAUCCUCACGGUGCGGGGGACAGGAGCCCCAGCGGAGUGCAGGAGUGCCAUCCAGAAACUCUUCAACUUCACAGCCUGUGGGGCCAACAGGACGUGCGGGUUCAACGGGGUCUACCAGCCGCCGGGGCAUGGGCAGUUCUUCGCCUUUUCUGGAUUUUACUACACAUUCCAUUUUCUGAACCUGACUAACGAGCAGCCCCUGAGUGUCAUCAAUGCCACCAUCUGGGGCUUCUGCACUAAAGGCUGGAAGGAGCUGCAGGCCAGCUUCCCACAAGAGGAGAGUCACGGGCGCCUACACAAUUACUGCCCCUCGGCCUUUUACAUCCUGACACUGCUACACGAGGGCUACAAAUUUGACGAACAAAUGUGGAGCAACAUCCAUUUCCGCCAAAAGGCUGCGAAUACAGAUAUCGGCUGGACCUUGGGCUAUGUGCUGAACCUCACCAACAUGAUCCCGGCAGAGACCCCCAAACAAGUGAAAGGGCAGCAGCGUGGGCUCUGGGCAGCCGCCAUCUUCUUUAUUGUCCUGACCGCUGCAGUGGCACUGGUGGCCAUUCUCAUCCAGUGCCUCUGGAAUCCCACUUAGCAGCCCGAGUAAUGGACGGAGAGUCCCUCUCACCAACCCAGGAAAGGAGAAGUGGCACAA